AUGGCAACUCCGCGCUUUUCUCAUCAAGUUGUCUUAUUAAAAAAUGGUACGGUACUAGUUAUCGGUGGAUCGCACGGUAUCCUUGAUAGUAAGGUUACAGAGAUAUAUAAUCCAUUAACAGAAACUUGGAGCAUAACUGGUAGUAUUAAUAUUGAACGCGAUUCCGCUGCAGCAUCUGUAUUAGCAGACGGUAGAGUGCUAAUUACUGGUGGAUGGAAUGGUACUGCUCCAAUCAAAAAUUCAGAAUUAUAUGAUCCGUUACCAGGAACGCGGACAAUGAUCUGUAUUACUGGAGGAUAUAAUGAAACAUCAGCUAUAAGUAGCUCAGAAUUGUAUAAUCCAUUAACAAAAAUAUGGACAACGACUGGUAGCAUUAAUAUUGCACGCUACCUCCACACAGCAUCCGUAUUAACAAAUGGUAAGGUGUUGGCUGCCGGUGGAUGGGACGGCAAUUCAUCUUUAAAUAGUGCAGAAUUGUACGAUCUCUUAACAGGAACAUGGACAAUGACUGGUAGUAUGCGUGAUGCACGAAGUGCGCACAUAGUAUGCUUAUUAACAAAUGGUAAAGUGCUAGUUGCUGGUGGAUGGACUGGCAAAUCAGUUCUAGUUAGUGCAGAAUUAUAUGAUCCAUUAACAGAAACGUGGGCAGUGACUGGUAGCAUGAAUUAUGGACGCAAUGCACACACAGGAUCCUUAUUAACGAAUGGUCAAGUACUAGUUACUGGUGGAGCAACUGGUGCAUCAACCUUAGAUAGUGCAGAAUUAUAUGAUCCAUUAACAGGAACAUGGACAACCACUGCUAGUAUGAAUUUUCCACGCUGGUUUCACACAGCAAUCGUAUUAGUAAAUGGUAGAGUAUUAGUUACUGGUGGAGCAAACGAUACGAUUAUCUUAUCUACUUCAGAAUUAUAUUGA